UAUUAUCGAAAUACCUGUAACUAUUAUGAGUACGACGAGUCACGAGAAUAUAUGGUUACUAUUAUUCAAAGAAUGCAAUAUUCUUGUAAGUAUUCUUCUGUUUCUUAGUGGAUAGUUUUGUGUUAUAAUGUUGAAAUAAAAAGAAUUGAAAUGAUUUGUUUUAGCUUUCUAUGCGAAGACAAAUACAAUUGAUGUUUAUCAAUUGUUGUUUACAUUUCUAACUUUUUAAGAAAAUAAUUCAUUUGCACCGAAAGUUAAAAAUAGUCUUCGAAUAUAUAGUCUGUUGAGAUGAACGAUCAAAUGUUAGUGUCAAGACUGAGAUUAGAUUAUAGUAUAUCAGAUCUUGAAGCAUGUACGAAGUCUUCAGAAAACACAACUUUCAUUCUUUUCAUCUGUAUGCAAUUACUCAACAACAACCUAAAAUAUUAGAGUAUAUGCGAUGAGUUUUCAUCAAUUGAAUAGUGUCUGCAGAGCAAAAAUUAAACUUACAAUUGCUUCAAAGAAUAUUUUAGAGUAUUGCAAUCGAAAAAAGAAUCUAUAUUUUAGACGCCUAAUGUUUUUGACGGAAAUAGUUUGUUUAUUCAGUUAUAUACAAACUAACAACUCAUAUAUUUAUUAAUGUGUACUACUACAAAAGUGAUAGAAUUGAAAAUUUCUCUGAGAUUAGAAAUAUGUUAGUAAAGACCUUUGAAUUCUCACAAUUGUGAAAGAAAUAUAGGACAUCAUUUUAAAGAAUAUUUGAUUAAACUGAUUAAUAAUCAUUAAUGAAGAAAAAAAAGCAAAGUGCACGUUACACGUGCAGAUUGAUCGUUCGACAUUCUUAUUUUUGACUUUUUAACCAAUUCUUGUUACACAUUUUUCUAAAAAUACAUACUCUCGAUUUGAGAAAGCUAGUUGUAUUAUCACAGUAUUUUUUGUACAAAAUGUAAAUUCUUUAUCACAAUCAAUGAAAUAGAAUCUUGUACACCCCCGCACAAAUAAGUAUUCCAGUGAGUAUAUGCAGAUUCCAAUUUGUUUCAAUUAUUAUUUACACUUCAAAAGUUAAAAAAAUUAUAUAAUAUAGAAAAAACUUUAAACCAUAUGCAGUACUAGACACUAUUCAUGCUUUGCAUUUUGAUUAGAAUGUAAUACUUUAUUUUAUGAAUUGAAUUUUUUUUGCAGCACUUGAUGCUACGCCAACUUCUGUUGUACCGCACAACGUACCAUGUUCUCCUGAUGUUGGCAAAGUUGUUCUUGUUAUAAUGGCUGGUGAGCAUCGAACACAAAUUCGAGAUGAUCAGUCAACGAGAGCUGCAUUGGCUGGCAACACUCGAAAUUAUCAACACCUAGCUAUUACACUAUAUGAAGAUACCGUCUAUUUGCUACGUAUUCAAUUUGAAUGCACCGGAUCACAAAAUGAAGAUUCCGUUAGAAAUAACUGUAACCUUCCUCAUGAUGUGGCUGCCUCGAUUGAUCUAAAUGAUGAUGGUAGAUUUAGUGAUAUAGAAAAUGCAGCUCCUUAUCGUUGGCCAGUCACUAGUUAUACACCACAAGGCAUCUAUGAUCUACAAAUAUAUGUGCCUGACAUCGAUGGAACGAAGACGAAAAGUGGACCACAUCGUAUGCGCCUUGACAUAACAUUAAAUGAACAGUAUCGUCAAAAAUGUGGCAAGAAUUAUUAUAGGGAUACGCGAGAGUAUAAUAUUACCAUUGUUCGAAAAAAUAUGAAACAAACAGUCGAUAUCGGAGGUUCAUAUUUGACAUUAAGUAAUGCAGUAUGUUCUAAAGCUCAUGCCAAAAUCGUACUUGUUAUAAUGGCUGGUGAGAAAGGAUCACAUAUUCGGGAUGAUACACCACUAAAUACGGUAAUCAGAGAAGAUCAAAAUCGACACCAUUUGGCUAUUACCUUAUAUGAAAAUACCAUCUAUCGAAUACGUAUUCAACUGGAUUGUGACCAACCCUCCAGUAGAGGUUCGUUUAACAUCAAUUGCAAUCUUGCUUACGAUGUGAAUGUCUAUAUUGAUCUAAAUAAUGAUGGAAGAUUUGAUGAAUCCGAAAGUCGUGUUCCUCAUCGAUGGCCACUGCGUAGUACAAUGACAUUAGGCAUUUAUGAUUUGGAAAUUCCUAUACCUAGUAUCGAUGGACUGACUACUAAAGAUGGAUCACACAUCAUGCGCAUUGUUGUGAAAUCAAGUGAAGAGUAUAACAGAAUAUGUGGCAGAUAUGACUACAGUGAAACACGAGAGUACACAGUCAAUAUUAUUCCAAAGGAACCUUCAAAAGAAAUUUCACAGGAUACGUAUGUUACAGGCUAUGGAUUGACGCAUUGUUCUCCUGGUAAUUUAGUCUGUUCAGUAGGUCAUAGUGCUAUUUUUUCUGUGAGUAUAUCUGGUGAACAAAAUACACAAAUUCGAGAUGAAACGAGAAAAUGUAGCUCAACAAAUAAUUAUAAUGAUCAAAGCAAUCUAGCUGUCACAUUAUUCGACAAUACAUUUUAUACUCUUCGCAUUGCAUUAUCUUGUGUCCAACAAUCAGACUAUGAUAAUACAUAUAACCAAGAUCCAUAUGCGUUCGAAACAUACUGUCGUGAUACUCGCUAUCUUGGUAUGUGGAUAGAUUUCAAUAAUGAUGGUACAUUUGAUGACAAUACAGAACGAAUUAUUCCUAACCAUUGGUAUACAGAUGAUCCUCACAUGACUCAGAGUGAUAUAAGUUUUACUAUUCCACAAAUUGAUGGUAGAUAUUAUGUAGGCGGACAACAUCGAGCACGCAUUGUUUUGGUACAAGAUACAAGAAAUCGUAAGCCAUGUCAAAACAAUGGUUAUGGUGAAGUUCGAGAUUACACAGUUAAUAUUAUUCGAAAGGAAGUUUCAAAGGAAACGCAUGAUACAGGUAAUAUA